AUAAACAUUCCGAAGUCACGAGUUUAUCAUAAGACUGGUGAAUGAAAUUGGAAGAGUGUUAUCUGAGUUAAGGAUAUUGUUAAGAUGUUCUUGAAAGCUUUUUCGUUUAUCUUUUUGACCACAGUAUGUUGUUCAGCACACGAACAUGUUCCUGUACAUUUUCAACCUCUUUCAGAGGAAAUUAUUAACUACAUCAACAGUCUUCAAACUACAUGGAAAGCAGGAAAAAAUCUCCCAGGAGCUUCAACACCAUAUCUCAAAGGCUUGCUUGGCACUAUAUUAAACGAUCCUAAUGCAUUAAAACUUCCAGAGUAUGUUCACAUGACCCAAGAAAUGGAAAUUCCUGAUGAAUUUAACAGUAUAGAUGAGUGGGGAAAGAUAUGCCCAAGUUUGACAGAGAUUCGUGAUCAAGGAUCUUGUGGAAGUUGCUGGGCUUUUGGUGCUGUUGAGGCAAUGACAGAUCGUAUUUGCAUUCAUUCACAAGGAAAAACAAAAGCUCACUUGUCUGCAGAAGAUCUUGCCACCUGCUGUAGCUCUUGUGGAAUGGGAUGUAAUGGUGGAUAUCCGAUGGCUGCUUGGGAUUACUGGAAACACACAGGAAUUGUAACUGGAGGUCAGUACAACAGCAGUGAAGGAUGCCAGCCAUACAAGAUCCCAGCUUGUGAUCAUCACGUCAAGGGAAAACUUAAACCAUGUGGCUCAAUCUUGCCAACACCACCAUGCAAGAAGGAGUGUAUUCCAGGAUACAGUAUAGCAUAUGAGGAAGAUAAGCACUAUGGAAAAACUGCAUAUUCUGUCAUGAGUGCUCCUGAACAAAUCCAAACUGAAAUCCAAAAAAAUGGACCAGUUGAAGCAGCAUUCACAGUUUACGCUGAUUUCCCUAGUUAUAAAUCAGGUGUUUAUCAGCACAAGGCAGGUGCAGCACUUGGUGGGCAUGCAGUGAAGAUUCUUGGGUGGGGAGUUGAUGAUGGAACCCCAUAUUGGCUUGUUGCCAACUCCUGGAAUCCAGACUGGGGGGAUAAAGGAUUCUUCAAGAUUCUUCGUGGGAAUGAUGAGUGUGGAAUUGAGAGUGGUAUUGUAGCUGGGAUGCCGCUUUAUAAAUAAAACUCAACACCUUCAACUGGGAACUUUAUUAUUUGUAUUUUGUAAUUAGUAACAUUCAAUUUUCAUUUAGUUGGUAAAUAAAAUUAUGAUUUUCGAGUA